AUGCCAAAUGAACAGAUCCACAGUGGUCAUUUUAUGACCUCAAAUCCACAUUCGGAUAAAUUAGACGACGAAGAUGAAGAUGUCGAGGUAAGAAAAACAAGGUUUAUUGUAAAGCAAAAGAUGUUUAUUUUCCUUUUAUAACAAUAUUUUCAGGUUGACGUUGUUGAUGUGGACGACAACGAGAAUGAGCCCGAGGUCCCCAGAUUGAGCAAAACAAGUUUACAAGAGACGCGAAGCAAGGUAAUUGAUUUAUAAAACAUAAACAGAUUUUAGAUAUUCCGAAUAAAAAAUGACGAGAAUCCGGUUACGUUCUACAAGUUUGGUCCACAAAAGCAGCAGUCUAUUGCUAUAGAUGUCUCACUCAACAAACUACAUAAAUGUAUCAAAAUCGCUUACAUGAAAAUGACAACGCCAAAAUGGAAGGAUUUCAAAGGGUUAAAGUUACAAUGGAAGCACAGAAUCAGACUAAAUAAUGUGAUUUGGAGGGCAUAUUAUAUGGAAUGUAAGUUCAAUUUAUUGGUUUUAUGUUUUUAGUCAGAAAACCGGACAGGAAAAAGAAGACACCGUAUUGUUACUUUGCCGUCCCGGAUGAAGAUACGACACAUCAGAAGAUCGAAGGUACCGUCUUGGAAGGGAUGUAUUGGAAAAGGAGGAUGGAGGCAGUUUGUGCGCAAUACAAGCGGUGGCGGAAUUACAAUCGGCCACACAAGAUCAAGAAGACUUGUUGUCCUAAGACUGUAAGUGGAUUGUAAGAAGCUUCCAAGUUUUUGCAGGAGAAUGCCUGCGAAUGCAAACCUAAUCAGAUUGUCGGUAGACCGAAUCAGAGUCAAACGCCGAAUGUAAUUUACAAUACUAGUAACGAUUACUUUGACGAUGAUGAAUUUGAAAAUGAAUUCACAAAUGAGCUCUUCAACAAACUAGGAACACCAUUUUUGUUUCCAAAUCCUAGAGAAAUGGGUAAGUUAAUAUUUUCGAACCAUUUUCCAGUCAUGUGUUUUACGUUGCAAAUAUGUAGCGAUUCGAUAUAAACAAUAUUUUUUCAGGAUUCAAUGGGAAUGCAGAUUUUAUGCAGCCAGGUCUCUUCGCAUUACAACCUAGUCUAGAGGAGAUUAUGAGUAAGUUGUUACACAUAUACCUAAAAUCAUUACUGUAGCCGGAGAACAAGAACAAGCAGAUGUGGACAUGUUGGAACCGACUAUUUCAACUAUGAAUAAUCAAGCAUCUCACAGUAAUGGAUAUAAUAAUCAAUUCCAGUCUAUGUCUGGUAUGAGUUCUCCCCUGAACUCGGAGGUUCAGCCAUCAAAACAACGUUCCCAACAUGCCUAUAACAACAAGAAUUACAACUCUAAUUACACUCAAAGUCAGCCCACUCGCCAAUCCUCAAUUCCGGGUAUAAUGGAUGCUCAUAUGAGUCAACCUCUCUACUCGCAAGCGGUCUAUGAAAACAAAACACUUGGUGCUUCCAAUCUUGAAUCUCCUGUGGCCUCCGUGAUAAGUCGGGACAAACUUUCUCGGAGCUCGGCCAACUUUACUCCCACCACCUCAUUGACCAAUCUCGAUUAUAUGCCUCAGUUUACAGCUUCUAUGAACACCAAUUCCUUUUCCGUGAUCAACGGCCAGAAUGGUGGACACGGUCUUAAGAGUUUUGUAAUGGAUCAGCCAGGACAGUUGAUAUCAGCACCUGCAUGGUGGAUGCCUAAUCAACUUCAAGCUCAGCAUCAACAACAGGUAUCGUAGGAUUUUUUGUUUUGAUUUUCUCGUUUUAGGUACUGCGGAAUCCUCAAGAUUCUCAAAAUGGAUUUCCAAAUGUACUGUUGAAUUUGAAUAACCAGCCAAUGCAGCAAAAUCAACAGAACUUCAGCCUGAUCCCGGUUUCGCACCAUUUUACUCAGAUGAAAGCAGAGAGUGAUCCCAUGGGACACCUUGCGCAACAUCAAAAUGUAAGGAAAACAAUUAGAUGACAUCUUCUUUUCAGACGGUACAAACUCCUACAAAUUCCAUGCAUCCCCCCUCUCACCCAUCCACAACAAGACUCCCCCCUGGUCCAACAAGUACAGAUCUGUCUCACUAUCUUCCCCACAAUGAAUCCGCGGCGCCUUCAGCUUCAUUGGCUUCGAUGUUGACUGCAAAACCUCGGGAUAACCAACAGGAGCGGGGCUUCGAAUCAACAAGAAAUGGCACUGUACAUCCUGCAGGAAAAAUCAAGUCAGAUGUCAGACAAACAAAGGAAGACUUUCUGAAUGAAUUCGAAGAUCUAGCAAGCACGGCGAUUGGUCUAAAGGUAAGUUUUUACAGGCUAUUGUGAAUUAAAUUGGUUUUUUAGAAAAGGCAACGAUUGGCCGUUACUGAACCCAUUGCCGCUGGAGAUCCUACUUCAACUCAGUCCUCUCCUGCUCCUCAACGACUUCGGAAUCAAAGAAAGGGAGUUCGGACAAGGUCUAGCCAGAUCUCGUCUCAGCCAGCUUCGGUGCAAUCAUUUGGUGCUGAUAGUUUGUUAUCUCCACAGGGCAGUACACCCACAACUGAAGGAUUCCAGAGCGACGGAAGUGAUGAAAAGAUCCCCGCGAAAAGUAAACUUUCGGAUUUUUAUGACAUUAUUAUUUUAGAAAGGAGAAGAUACAAUCAGUCAUGUUCCGAGGCUGCUGAUAGCACAUUAAAUCCUGAGGAAAGAAAGAGAUUACUUCAUUUGAAUGCGGAAAAGAACAGAAGAGAGGCCCUGAAAGAUGGAUUCGAUGCUUUGGUCUCGGCAAUUCCCGUAAUUGACGAAGCCGGAAUCAAAGUCACGAAUGCCGUUGUCUUGAACAGAGCGGGUCAGCAUAUCAGAAACCUGCAGAACAAAUUGAAUGAUUCCGUCAGGGCUCUUGAUGAGGCCGAGAAACGAAAUGAAAUGCUUCAGAAGAGAGUAAUGUAAGUUUCGGAUUGCUUUUUCCCAUUGCUUUAGUCUUGUCCAAUCAUCUCUCCCCUCCACUGUGUCUCAAUCGUCCGGUUCAAAGGAUUCCGACUCGAUGCAAAACGAGAUUCAUCAGUUUGUGGACAGAUAUGUAAAAGAAAGAGCUAAAGAAGACAGCCGUUUCUUUGUCGUGAGUUGAUAUUAUUUAUCAUCAGUAUUAUCAAUAAUUUUUUUCUUAUUUAUCAUGUGUACAAUGCGGUUGUUUAGAUGGCGACUAUGUUGAAACCCAUGAUCGACGCGUUUGCUAGAAAGAUCCAUCCAGGAAAUAAUAAACAACAGAUGAGGGAAUCGAUAAGACAGUGGGGAGAGGAGAGUUUCCGGGUCUCCAUGAUCCGUCCUCUGGCCUCCCAAACCUUAAUCAAAAUAGCGGCCGAAACCAAUCUGAUGAUGGAUGGGAAACGUCAACCCCUUUCUGACUAUAUUGCCAACCAAGUAGACCAAUUGGGGCAAUAUAAAGACCUUUAG